AUAAGCAUUGUUAGAGCUUAUGGUUAACACCCCAUUACAGUUGACAUUUUAAAGAGAGAGUCGGUGAAAAUUCAUGUACCUCUAGACUAUUGGAUGGAAGAAAUAUAGUUUCUAUGAGGCUUUAUUUGAAUUUUAAAGCUAAUCAAAAGUCAGCGGCAACCUACCCAAGAAGAGUACAAUGAUUAGAUCAUCAGAUAUGCAUAGGGCUAACAAAAUAUAAUUAGAUCAACUUUACCAUUGUUAGAGCACAUGAACCUAAAAUAUGUGACCAAAGAGAAAUCAAUUCCCACUUAUAUGAAAUGAUAUGUCCCAUGGAGUAAGAAGGGAGGCAAAAUUAAAUGGCAGAGAUUGCAGUAAACUUGGUCAUCAGCAAGUUAAGGCCCUUGCUGUCUGAUGAGGCCAAACUAUUGCUGGGCGUACAUAAAGAAGUUGCAGAAAUCAAAGAUUCACUGGAGCAUAUUCGGGCUUUUACUAAGGAUGCAGAUGCAAUGGCAGCAAAAGAAGACAGGAGCAACAUUGUAAAACUCUGGGUGAAACAAGUGCAGGAAGUUGCUGAGCGUAUAGAAGAUGUCAUAGAAGAGUACAAAAUCCGCGUGGCAGAGCUGCAACCUGAUCAACCGAGUAAAUCCAAAGGUUUCCUCAAAAAGGUUUCUCACCAGUUCAAAAGUCUCAAACAUCGGCGUGAGAUUACUUUAAAGAUUCAAAAUAUCAGAAAAUUACUCUUCCAAAUCAAGGGAAAAAAUGAUAGAUUCAAAUUCAAAGAGCAAGGAUCAAGCAGCAACACAAAAGAAGUUACAUGGCAUGACCCUCGACUGGCGGCCCAUUUCAUUGGGGAAGCUGAAGUUGUGGGCAUUAAUGACUCUAUAGAAGACGUGACAGCUUUGUUGGUGAAGGGCACAUCUAAACUCGCCACAAUUUCAGUCAUAGGCAUGGGCGGUAUUGGCAAGACCACUCUUGCCAAGAAAGCUUUUGACAACCCUAGAGUGAAAGAACAUUUUAACUGUCGUAUUUGGAUCACGGUAUCUCAAUCAUACAACAUGGAGGGGCUGCUGAAAGAGAUGAUAAGGCAAUACUAUAAAGCAAUGGGGCAGACAGCACCUGAGGAGAUCAACACCUUCAAUGUGAUAUCACUCGUCUUCAAACUGAGGGAAAGUCUACAAAAUAAAAGGUGUGUUGUUGUUUUUGAUGAUGUAUGCGAUGAAGAGUUUUGGGGAUCUAUAAUGCAUGUAUUUGAUGAUGAUGACAAGGGCACUAGAAUAAUAACCACAACACGUUAUUAUGAUGUUUCUACCUCAUGCAGAAAGUUUUCAAUUGUUUUUAUUCACGAAAUGCAACCUUUACCUCCUGAGAAGGCCAUGGAACUAUUUUGCAAUAAAGCAUUUAAGCACUCUGUCUUUGAGUGGAAUUGUCCCCCAGAACUAGAGGAACUGUCUUUUGACAUUGUUGAAAGAUGCCAAGGAUUGCCUCUUGCCAUUGUUGUGAUAGGCGGUCUACUGUCAAUCAAAGAAAUGAUUGUCUCUGAAUGGACAAGUUUUCUUGAUAAUCUCAGUUUUGAGCUAGACAGUGAUCCCCAUCUUGCAAAUAUUAAAAAAAUCUUGUCCUAUGGUUAUCACGAUCUGCCUUAUUACCUCAAAUCAUGUUUCUUAUAUUUUGGCAUGUAUCCUGAGGACUAUUCUAUAAGAUGUUCAAGAUUGAUUAAACAAUGGAUAGCUGAGGGUUUUGUAAAGGAAGAUGAGAAAGGUAAUACAUUGGAGGAGAUAGCAAAUGAAUACUUAUCUGAGCUCAUCCAUAGAAGCUUGGUUCAAGUUUCAAGUGUAAGUGUUGAUGGGAAAGCUAAACAUUGCCAUAUUCAUGAUUUGUUGCAUGAGUUCAUCCUUUCAAAAACUGCAGAGUUAAAUUUCUGUCAAGUUUUGGGGAAAAAGGACUCGAGUUUCUAUGGGAGAUGUCAGCGCUUGUCAAUUAACCAUUCCACUGAUAAUGUAUUGAACGCCAAUGAGAAGUCACAAAUUUGGGAUGAUCUUAGUCAUGGAAAAAGCAAAAAUAUGCGAAGAUAUAGGUAUCCCCUCUCCUUUCUUUUCAUUGACACUCAAAUGGGAAAUCAACCUGGAGAACUUGUAGGGAAGUUUCUUCAUCGUGGCAUUGCAAAUGGGCACCUUUUAAGGUUACAGAUUCUAGAUCUUGAACAUGUAUACAAACCUCAAUUGCCUGAAAAUUUAGGAGAUUUAACUCAUCUGAUUUAUCUAAGCCUGAGGUGGACUUUGCUAGAGAUCAUCCCAUCUUCAAUUGGCAAAUUACUUAACCUCCAAACUCUGGAUCUGAAGCAUACUAAUAUGAAGGCUCUUCCCAGUUCAAUACAGAAACUGCAGAAACUUAAGCACAUAUACAUAACCGGAAGUACAAUUCGACCUCAACUAGCCAUGCAGUAUCUCCAAAGUUUGAAGAAUCUCCAUACAUUGAAGGGGUUAUUUCUAGAAAGUUACCCUGAUCUAAGCAUCGGCCUGGACCAAGCUCCUUCAAAUCAAAGAAAAAGCAAGGGCCUAUACGAGGGCCUGGGCAUGUUGAUCAACCUUAGAGAAUUGGAGAUAGAACUUGAGCUUAUCCCAUCACAGCUAGAGAUUGUGAUAAAGCAUGUUAUAAAAUUGAAGCACCUUCAGUCUUUGAAGUUGACAUCAUAUUCUGCAACUGAAUCUUUUGGGCAUCUAAAGUUGGAGUCUUUUUCAGGACUUGAAAAUCUUUCCCGACUAGAGUUAUCUGGAGUAAUAGAUAAUCCAUCCAUUUUCAUAAACACAAAUGGACUCCCAAAAAAUUUAACUCGCCUUACUUUGGUAGACUCUGCACUUAGAGAUGAUCCAAUUCCAGUAUUACAGAAGCUUCACAACCUUAGAUCGCUGUAUCUCAAUGAUGGGUCUUACACAGGAAGAAGCAUUGUUUGCUCCACGGGAGGCUUUCCCCAGCUUCUUGUUUUGAAAAUGUCAUUUCUGUUCAAUUUGAAAGAAGUCAUUGUAGAAGAACUAGCCAUGCAAAAGCUCGUGGAGUUGGAGAUUGUAAACUGCCGUAAUUUGGAGGUCCUCACUGGGUUAAAGAAUUUAGAGACUCUCCAACAAUUGAAGUUAACAGAUAUUUCAAAAGAAUUCAUAUCAACAAUUGAAGAAACCAAAGGGAAAACUUUGGACAAUCUUGCCAUAAUUGUUAGGCGGCCAUGUGAACGGAACUCAGAAUUUAUGCAUAUUUAAGGUUCCUGACUCUAUUACUCAGCUGUACCAGAGAAUUGAAGUGAUGUUGGACAAAAGCCAGACAAGUCUCUUGUAGAUGACAUCUUGAAAUUCUAUUGUGUUCAUCUUGGGCUUGGGAGUAAUUGUCAUCUUUUCAUGCGUUGCUCAUCUAUUUGUUGCCCAGUUCAUUGCUAUUUCAUCAACAUGUAACUAUCAAAGUCUUUUCAUUACUGGUCUUGCAAAUAACUAGAAUAAAAUGGUAGACUUUGUUACUAGCAAAGUCAUUCCAUAUCUUGUUCCAUUUGUUUUUAUUGUCUUGUGUUCCUUUUCAUCUUUUUUGGAAUAAUGUCUCUGUAAAAUUGGCAACGUUUAUGGCUUAUUGGCAAGUUUGAAUAAAUAGAAACUGUGUUGUAGGUUUGUUU